AUGGAUCCCGCCCUGCCUCAACCGGUUGACUUUGCGACCAGCCCCGUAGAUCCAGCUUGGCAACUUGCGUUCACUGAUGCCACGGUAUGUUACGCUCAGGAGCUGUUUGCUUCCCGAAUGGCCGUCCCAGGCGCGCCCGCACCUCGCGCCAGUGAAGUUCUUGAGCUGGACUUCUGGCUCGAGAUACAGCACCUGAUCAGUCUUUACAUGAGGGCCCACCGGAAUAAAUACACUUUGCCCUGGAGUUGUGAAGCAUAUAACGCGUAUGUGGGGGGUCAAGACGGAACCAAAACAGCGUUCGAGGACGCGCUUAGCGGGCACUUCCCGCCUCUCGAAAGCGAUGUCGAAGGAGAGACCGAAGGAGUUGUAGAGACGCGCCCUUCCCUCGUUGUUGAUAAAUAUGGAGUCAUCGUUCUUGCCUGUCUACCGGGAGUCAUAGGGCAUAGCAUUCAGGCGGAUGCAUUUCAUAGUACUCAGCUACUUAACCCGACGUUUGAAGUGAACGGUCCCGACUCCAGCCCGACAUGGCGGCUGGAAGGGCAGGCGUACCGUCGGGACGUCGAGAGUCUCUAUCUGAGCCCCGGUCUGGCGACGUUGGGAUUCUGGCACAGUACUGGACACAAGGCAAGCUCCAAACCUUGA